AUGACUGGAACGGCUUCUCUCUAUCUGCUUCCCUGCACCCUUUUCUUCAUCAACUACUACGAGACCCCGCGUCGUAUGAUUGGAGAUAUCCGCAAUGCCUGCGGAAUGUUUGAGAACAGUGCUUUCCUGCGCGCGUGUGAUCGUGUCGUCCCAACCUGUUCAAGAUGCAAGGUUGCAGGAGCGCAAUGCACAGGAUUCAACCCGAAAGGGAACGCUGAAAUCCCAAGAAGUGUCGUACAUUUUCUUGAGCAUGAGAUUGCCACGCUUGAGACCGAGAUGGCCAAAGAAGGGCUUGAAUAUGAAAUCUCUCCAAAAGGACAAGCACGGACUUCUCCUGGACAUGGAGAAUAUGCCGUUGUUGUUCCAAUAAUGGAGACCGAAAGCGUCGUACCCGCGCACCCAAGGUAUCCACGAGAUGUUAUGAAAGAGGCAAUUAUGGCAAGUGAUGAUGUGCUGAGCAUUAUAAGUUCUACCAUGCCAUCGAUAACCUGUCUCAGGGAUAUGCUGGCAAGCGUGAGAAUGGGUCUUACUCCUUCAUACACAAACCCACCAAAUUUAUCAGACAGGGCAGACACGACGGAAAUUCAAAGUCCAAUUGGGCCGCGGCCCAUUGAAGCCCAAGCAGAUCUGACAAUACUUAUCAGUCUUCCAGCAGAUGUCAUUCAUAGCCUAGUGAAGAGAUAUGUGCAGAGGAUUUUGCCAAUAUAUCCAUUCUUGUACGAGCCAGCGAUCUGGGAGCACAUGGAUCGAGCGAUUGAGAAAACGCCGAAGCCUGAACAAGGAUCGCCAGAUCCAUCAGUCGGACCUGAUUAUGACUUUCUGUUUGUGUAUCUAAUUCUUGCCAUUUCAUCGACCCUUGGCAGCGCCAACAGUGGACACGAAGCGCGUUGUAUGGCCUUUUCUGGUUCUUUGUUUGCAGAAGGAAGUCAGCAUCUCUCAAGAAAGGCUUCUUUCCCGAAUCAUCUUGCCGAGAUUCAAUCUACCUUGCUUAUACUUCAGUAUGCUUUGAUAAAUCCAAAGUACGCAAACGUGUGGAUUCUCAGUGGUGUUGUUAUGCGUUCUUGCCUGGAGCUUGGAUUGCAUCGCGAGGUAUCUGACGCGGCAGGGCUAGAUCCCGCGGCAAUUGACAUGAGACGUCGGGUAUUUUGGACUGCCUAG